GUUCGUUCUACAUUUGAUUUUUUUUUUUUUCAAUGUUCAGACGGGAAGAAAGCUCCCUUACUUCCUUAUUUGCAGCUUUAAAAAGCCAGACUCGACUUCAUUCAUUCACACAUCGUUCCCACAUCCUGACCGGUGCUGAAAGCUAAAAAAAUCUCUCAAGAUGAACAAAGCUGUGAUCCUCCUGGUCGCUCUGACGCUCUACUGCUGCAUCCCUGAGCUGCAUGCUUCCAAGUUGGGAUGCCGCUGCAUUAAAACGACCUCUACACGCGUCGCUCUAGGAACCGUGGCCAAGGUGGAAGUGACGCCUCCGUCAGGACGGUGCCGCCGUGCAGAAAGAGUCAUCAUCAAGAAAAACGGCUCCAAGGUUUGCAUCAGUUCAGACGCCGGAUGGUUCCCAGAGUUUCUCAACAAACUUAACCAGGAUUAUGAAAACAUCAAUUCAUCCACUGUUUCUCCAACAAUCUUCUGAUGAUCAACCUGAACAGGAAGUGCCUCAUCGAA